AUGGUUUGUCUCAUCUGGACAAGGUACUGGAUUCCGAAGCUGCGGAUCCUGAUCAAAAGGGUGUCCUCGACCUGCAAGAUCCGAUCGCAGAUAAAUAUGUUCUUCGCCAUCGUGGCCUUUGUUUCGUCUGCCUGGGCACAGACAGGUCCUGCCACUUCUCCGCCUACUGAUCCGACUACUCCUCCGGCCACUGAUCAGACCACUCCUCCGACCUCUGAUCCUGCCACUCCUCCCACUAAUCCCGCCACGCCCACUACUCCAACUUCUCCCACUUCGCCCUCGGAAUCCGCGCCACCCACCACCGUGGCUUCCACCUCCAAGAAACCGAGUGGGAAGAAGAAGACCGUAGUCCACCACAAAAGUAAGAUCCGCAAGUCGGGCAGACACCGCACGAUCCGCCACUCACGAGGAUGCAAGGAAUCCCCAUAACAGAUUUGGCCAGGCAUGUCUUAACAUGCUCCCCUGCUCUUCAUUUCCUAUUAUUCUUAUUCCUCCCCUCAAUGAUUAAAUGACGCUUUAUG